ACUUCAAUAAUUGCUAAAAUUCCCCCACCGCCUCCGACCACCGCCACCGCCGGCGCCGCCGCAUAUGAACACACCAAUAUUACAUAUGUAAUCGAAUCACCUCGCCGAGACGACAACCAUGUCCUACCAGCACAACCCGGCGGCGCUUCCGUACAGGUGGAACGACGGCGUAUUCGCCGGCGACAACAAACUCCAACUCCGCGGGGAGUCCCUCUUCUACGUCGCCGUCGUCUUCUCCGCCGUGAUACUGGCGGCGCUCCUUUUCCUCUACGCCCGAUGGAUCUGCAGCGUCGGCCCAGUCUCGCCGUCGGCGGCUCGCGCCGCGGCAGCGCCGCCGGUGCCGCCGCUCGCUCAGGGCGGCCUCGAUCUGGCGACAAUUAACAGUUUCCCAAUUUUGGUCUAUGAAAAUUCGCCCUCCAGCUGCGCCGCCACCGACGGCGAGGGGCCCGUCGGGUGCUGCAUCUGCCUGGGCACGUUUUCCGGCGGCGACAAAUUGAAAAUGCUGCCGGCGUGCCGCCAUAGGUUUCACUCGGAUUGCGUCGAUAAGUGGCUCGCGACUCGGUCGAGUUGUCCGCUCUGCCGCGCCUCGCUCCGAGUUGACUCGGGCGGCACUGUAGUGUAGUAUGAUGUCUUAGGGGAUUUUUUGUUUUUGCAUGUGCAUUUGAAUUUUGAGAUGAAAUUUGAAUAGUAAACAUUUUGAAUUUAAUAGUUGUAUGAUAUGAUAUAAAUAGGUAUUGGUGUGAUAUUUUGAAUGUAAAAUUGAUU